UGAAUGGCCGUAUAUAGAUCUUGUGCUUCUAGACCUCACUAAGGGAUGCGGGGGACUCCAUUUGUAAGGGGUAUGCAAGUGAUCAAAAACGGUAACUUGCCCUCUAAAGGGUAACUGAGCUAAAGUGCAGAAGCAUUAGAAAUUUACUGCUGAAUUAAUUAAUUUAUAAUUUAUGGAUUUAUUAUGUCUAAAUAGUUUGUUUUUGAGAAACAGAUUUCAACGUUUUAAGUCCAACACAAGUUGCUUGCAUACUCCUUUUGUCUACAUUGUGUAUGCUCCUCCAACUUUCUUUUUUUGUAACAACUUUUUAUGUGUUGCUUUCCAGCAAAUUGUCUUCAAUUAUUCAGCAGAACAAAUCUCAAAAGACUAUUUCUGUCGGUGGAUAAACAGGUCUGCUCUAUGGCCUCAUGCCGGUCUGGUAUCAGAUUACCAUUGAGUGUUCCAGGUUACCAUGGUCACCGGUUUAUUUUAGCAGUUAGGUUGGACAUCAUGAUUUUGGUUUGUUUUUAAACCAUUCAUUGAAGAAAUCUCAAACUAAUCAACAUGAUAAGAGGUCGAAAACAUUUCUCUCCCUCAUGCAAUGGUGUCAAAUGGUUUCCCCAUCCUGAUUGUUCAGAAAGUGAGCUUAAGUCUCGUGAAACUUCUACAACCACUGGGGCUAUGCUGAAGGAGGUAAAGUCAUGGUCGUCUGAGGAUUAUAACUUUGAGCACUAUCCUUUAUACAAAGUUCACCUCAAGCAAUCCAGAGAGUUUCCAUUCUCGCAUCAUGACAACAAGAUUGCCUUUAAAAACGACAUCUUAGUCUUCCAACCAGAUGAAGGACGAAAGCAGUUUAAGAGGUUCCCCAAUAACCACAAGUUAAGGUCAGCAGAGGCUACCGUGGAGCAGUUCAUGUGGUUCGCACAAGAACAAUCAAACAUCACCUUCAAAAUGAAUAAAUAUAAAUAAACUGAAUUGAAAAUUUAAUUGAAUUGAAAAACCUGAUAGA